UUUCACUAAACUUAGUAUUCAGUAUUUAUACGUUAAAAUAUACCUAUCAUGUUUUAACUGAAGCAGGUCCGGAUUUUUUGCAAUAAUAUGCAAAUUUAUAACAGUAACCGAUGAAUAAUUAUAACUUAUGUAUAUUCGUUUAACCGUCACUGAUGUGGGUUUUCCGUAUAGUAACCUCUACGUAAACGUUGCAGGUAAAUAUUUUAGAACAAAAUUAUUCGGAGCUGCGGCGAGCCCUCAAGGUCAUCAAUAAAUACAGUUAGUGACUCAAAGGAAAACAAUUGCCAUGUCACAUGUUACAAGGAAUGUCUCCACAUGGUUAGCAAAUGUUUAUUGUGCAAAUAUGUAUUGCAGCAUAUAAAGUUAUAGACAACAGUUCGGAAUUAUCUGCUAUCGGAACUAUCGGAAUAAAAAUUCUAACAUCAAAUUUGCAUUAAUGUGGCUUUUCACUAGCACCGAUCACCUCUUAAAUUAAACAAUCAGACAAAUAUACAGUCGAAAAUGAUAUUUAGCUGUUGAAUGAUUAAGUGAUGUCUAAGGUUAUUGGUAUCAGUGAAUGCAACGGUGACGUGCUAGAAAUUUGGAUCUAGUCAAUACUGCAGAUUUUUGUAAUCUCCAUAAUCUUUGAAAUGAAUUAAGUGCCAAUGAACACAAAAACACAAUGGACAUUUAAUAUUAUAGGAGAUGAUUUUUAUAUAUUUUUCAUCAUCACAAUCGAAACACUUAAGGACUGAAUAUACUAUCACUGGAAUGGACAGUAAUUUGACUAAGAAUGUAGUUGCCUGCAGGACACCAGGUGGGAUGAAUUUGGACAGAAGUUCCGAGGCUGUGACCCCCCCACCGACGCGGAACAUGGCCCCCGCCUUUCACCGGCCAAAAGCGGCCAGCGGGCCCUCAGAAGCAGAGCAUUGCAGCAGUGAAUCAUCUGAUACUGAAUUAUCAGAAAAGGAGAGGAAAGUCGCGCAGCAAUGUGAUGAUACGGCCGCUGAAGACGCUAAAAAGAAAAAACAGCGGCGGCAAAGGACACAUUUCACAAGUCAACAGCUCCAGGAACUCGAGUGUACUUUUCAGCGGAACCGGUAUCCCGACAUGAGCACGAGAGAGGAAAUCGCAGUGUGGACUAACCUAACCGAGGCCAGAGUUAGGGUCUGGUUUAAAAAUCGAAGAGCGAAGUGGAGGAAACGCGAACGCAAUCAGCAAAUGGACAUGUGUAAAAACGGCUAUCUACCCCAAUUCGGCGCCCUGAUGCAGCCGUACGAUGACGUGUAUCCCACCUACACCUACAACAACUGGACAAAUAAAGGACUCGCUCCGGCGCCGCUGUCCGGCAAGAACUUCACCUUCUUUAACUCCAUGAACCCACUGAGCUCCCAGUCUAUGUUCUCGGCUGCAAACUCUCUCCCUGCUAUAAAUAUGCCGUCCAGCAUGAACCAUUCCGCUGUUACCGGAAUGCCGGCGUCAGCCCUGAACAACAUGAACAAUCUGAACAACAUCAGCAGUUCUUCACUCAGUCCUGCAAUGUCCUCACCUGCCUGUCCUUAUGGAGCAACCAGCUCGCCGUACAGUGUUUGCAGAGACGCUUGCAGUUCUACUUUGGCAUCACUAAGACUGAAAUCUAAGCAGCACCCAGCAUUUGGAUACGGCGGACUGCAAAGCUCUGGUCCCAGUGUGAACGCAUGUCAGUUCAACAGCUGACAACGUGAACUAUGUUUAUUGCUUUUUACGUUAAACGUGAACUAUGUUUAUUGCUUUUUUUUGGAUUUCAUCGUGGUGGGACGUUUGUCGGCACAGGGAUUAACUGACACGGGAAGAAUUACGGAAAAAUAACAUGUAUCCAGAGAAGCCAAUUAAAGAAUAACCGAGAUGAAAGUGAUAGCAGAUAUUAACGUGUCGGAACAGUAGCCACAUCAGUGUUUACAGAGACCGCAAUCGAUUAUACAUUGAACAAUUUAGGCUAAACAUGGUAAGAAUUAAGUGCUUUUAAGUGUUCGUUUUAUAAACAAUUUGAUUUCCUCAUAUGCUCAACGCAUUUGCCACGAAUUUAUACAAACUUGAAAAUGGAACAGUCAGUUGUACAUGACUUUAUAAGUUAUAAAUUUAAAUAAACUACAAUAAAUUAAUAUGAGUUCAAGACAUUUCAAAUUUAGAUCUAGAUUUUCCUGCAGUUCCUGUUUAAUUUCAAUAGAUCGCACGGCUCUGAUGCGGCUCCCAUGGUGACGUAGUGAAGGUGCCCUUCACUUUAUUCGGAAUGUUGUAGCAAUUAAUCUACAAUAACCACCGGAACUUACCGCACUUUGUAUUAAAAGCAAAAUAAGGCGCAUUCAGAGUCACAGAAAUAAAUUUGAAAUAAAGUUUGAAAACAGCUUCGAUUCUUAAA